UUUUUUUUCUGCACACCCUACCUGACUCGUUGUGUCCCCGCACGCCCGGGCUUCUCCGCCAUGGAUUUGGUUUGGAUUGCGGGCUUCGCUGUGAGCGUCUGCGCCUGGUUUGCCUCAGCGGAGCGGCACAGCGUCUUCUGGAACAGCUCCAACCCAAAGUUCAUCUGGGACGAUUAUGCUGUGGAGGUGAAGCUGAAUGACUACCUGGACAUCGUCUGCCCCCAUUACCCCCAGGGCGAGGUGCCUUUGCUGGACGCCGAGCGCUACGUGCUCUACAUGGUGGAGCGCGAGGACUACGAGACCUGCAGACCUCAGUCCUACGAUCAGAUGCGCUGGGAGUGCGGUCAUCCCUUUGCUCCUCACGCGCCGGAGAAGUUCUCGGAAAAGUUUCAGCGCUUUACCCCGUUUACUCUGGGAAAGGAGUUCCGCCAAGGAGAAAGCUACUAUUACAUCUCCAAACCUUUGCACCACCAUGGCCAGGAGUGUCUGAGGCUGAGGGUGGAUGUUGUGGCUGCUGACGGCUCUCAAGAGGCCAGAGUGGCUAAAGGAGGCACAGGUGGGUCUGCAGUUGGAGCUGGGGGUGGGGCUCACAACCCGUCCAACAGACUUCCUGCAGCAGAUGACCCAGUGGUAAUCCUGCCAGACGUCCAGAAGAGCACCCGAACGAACUCUGCAGAGGCGGCCUCGUCCCUCUCGGUGCUCUCGUUGCUACUCCCAUUUUCACUGCUGCUUUUGUUGCACUGAGAGCACAAGGAAGGAGUUCUUCUGUUGGCAGACUUUACUUUUUCAGGGACUAAAAUGAAGACGGUCCGUGGGGUUGGAAACCACUGACUUAAAAAAAAAAAACUGUGCCCCGUGCUGGUCACGGGGCGAAACUUUUGAAGCUUGUAAAGUACAGAUGGACUCACUGGCACAGCCUGUGCUGAGUAACUUUGAGCAUUUGACACAAGUAUUUGUGUUCUCGUCUUAUUUUUUAAAAGUCGACAGUAUUUUUUUGAGGACCAAGCUCUCCUCGAUUUGUAUUUUUUUUGGGGGGCUCUCUUUGGAGGACUCGCCUACGAGAAACUAUGAAAGAGCGGAAGAAGAAUCUAAACUGGCUGAAGAACAAUCGGGAGCAGAAAACGCCCACUAGACCAACUUUGACUCGGACAGAUGCAACGUUUAGGUGGAAUAAAUCAGCAUUUAAAGAAAAAGUCAACUCAAAACCUUUGAGCCAAAGAUCAGUCAUCUCUCCAACUUGUACACUAAAACCAACCUUGAGUAUCGUGUACUGUCUGUCGUGUCGUCAUCGUGAUGGUAUUGAGUGACACUGAUGUCCCAAGUGGUUUCUUUCUCUAAAUGUAGCAUCGACAGACACGGGAGCUGUUCUCAUGAUCACCAUUCCUUUCGUGGACCGUGUGCUUUUAUACUGUAGCACUAAUGCUGCACGGCACAGACACGCCCUGCAUACACUCCACCUACACACACACACACACACACACACACACAUGAAAACACGACAUCGAAUUUUGUAACAUGUACAUUCUGUGAAGAUAAUUUAUAGCAUUUUGCAGCUGAGACGUUUUACUGUAUAUACCUUGUGUUAACAAAAUGAAAUGUUUACUGUUGGCGGUGGAGAGAGCGUUUCCCUCCCACUCCUGGUGAAGGUAGUUCUAGUGUGAAAGGGAUUAUGUGUGCGUUGACUUGAGAGUAGAAGUGUGAGCUGUGGAGCGUUUGAUUGAAAGAGUGUCGAGACAAAAAUGGUAUAUUUUCUGCCAAAAAAAAAGCAAACACUGAGAUGUUGUGUGCAUCGCGGGGAGGCUGGACUUCUCUGUUUAUUGGCUCCGGCCCCUGUGUUGGUUAAACUGUCUCUCGUAUCAGAUCUG